CUGAUCUGAACACAUCUAAAUUUAUGGAUAAAAUGCUAGUUGUAACAUAUAUUUCAUCGUCCAACUGUAAUAAUUGUCCCAUUAUUCUUAGUGGCGGAGUUAACCUCACUUGUGACCAGUUCAUGUCUGCCACACACUUCCUUUUCUGAGUGAUGGCAAAAGAUAAAUAUGCGGACAUAUUUAAGAAGCUUACAAAUACAAAAGUUAAGUAGCUGGCUAUGAAAGACGGUACAUUUAAUAAAGGGAGAAUACGAUUAACGAUCAUGGCUAAAGGAAAGUUACGUGGCUCAGAGCCAAACAAUAAGAUGCCUCCAUCAUCUAAUGGUGGAUUCAAAGGCGCAGAGACAUACACAACGGAGUUUGAAAUUAAUGAAACGCCACCAAGUGCUAGGACAUUGCUUACGAAAGGUUACAUCCAAGAUGAAAUUAAUAACUUUUCAGGAGCAACAGUUUCUACACGUGGUCGUUUUAUGACAGAACAAGAAAAGUUACGUUGUCCAAAUGAGCGUCCGUUGUACCUUUAUGUGCAAGGACACACAAAACAUAAUAUUGAUUUGGCUGUGGAGAAAAUUAAUGAAAUCAUAAAGACUGAACAUCAGAGUUCUUUGAAUAGACCAAGCAGAUUUACUAAUGCACCUCCACCUCUCAUGAGUUUACAUUCCGGUGUUCCAACUGUUGAGAAGAUCUGUAUUGGCAUAGAAAAUGCACCGCAAGGGUUUGAUUUAAGAGGUCGCAUUGUUGGCACUGGUGGUGCAAAUUUAUUAUAUAUUAGAGGAGAAACUGGUGCAACUGUAACAUUGAGGGGACGUGGAUCUCAAUUUAUCGAUGCAGUCACAGGAACCGAAUCUCCAGAACCAUUACAUUUAUACAUUGAACAUCCUAAACCGGAAGCUUUACAAAAUGCCAAACAGUUAGCAAUUAAUUUAAUACAGACAAUGCAAUCAGAGCUUCAGUCUUAUAUACAGCAACAACCACCACCUGUGCAGUCACAACAAGUUAUGGAACAACCACAAAUGCAACAAAUACAGCAAGCACAAUUUCAAACAAUGAAUAUCGGUGCUUUAGGACAACCUAAUGUGGUUACUAUUCAACAUCAAGAUAUUAUACAGCAUCCACAAAGUAGCGUAGUUACAUUGCCAGCUACAAUUUUAACAGCAACUGUAGCUAGUCCACCUGGACCAGGAGUGACGGUUCCUCCUCCAGGAGUUCAUAUCCCAGCACAUUCAGGGCCUUUAGUACCAGCAGGACAGGGCCAGGAGAUGCAAACAUUUAUGACUCCACCUCCGGUCGGUCAGGUACAACUGAUAGGUCCACCUCCAGCAGUGAGCCAGGUUCAAUAUCAAAUUCAUUCGGGCCAGCCGGUGCAAAUUCAGGGAAUCCAAGUCCCGCCGUCACAGUCGUCUCCUCAACCUGUAGCUCAGAUGUACGUAAUGAGUCAGCCACCGCCGCAGAGUCCCACUUCACAAAAUUUCAUAUCGAGUAGCAGCGUACCAGUCAGUGGAGCAGUGUCAUACGUAUACACGCAACCUAAUAUACAAAGGCCACCUACACCUUCCCAUGGAGUUAUCGAGACAGUUAACGUUAAUCUACAGCAGCCUCCACCGUCAGCUCCGAUCAACAUAACGCAACAACCACCUCCUCCAUUGCUCCAUUUACAUUUCCCACCCCCUAACUUCCCUCCAAACCAACCACCUCCCCCGCUACCGCAAACGUACCAGAUACAGUACCAACAAGUACAAGGACCUGGAUCGCAAGCUCAGACACAAUUCGUGCUGCAGCCUGGAGAGCACAUGGUGUCGCAACAGCUAUCAAAUCAGGAUGCUUCUCCUACUGUAGCGCAGCAUGUUAUGCCCCCUCAGUUCGAAGGGCAGCCUCCACCCCAGUUUCACCUUCAAGUGCCACCUCCGUCUGCGCCAACGUUUUUGGUACCCAAUUCUCAGUCUCCGCAUCAUCCUCAUCCACCUCCUUCACCUCAAGCUGGUGAAAUGCAUCACCAGGAAAUGCCAGCGGAUCAUGGUCCGCCUCCACAACCUGUACCUCCUCCACAGAUGGUACCUCCGCCUGUGGUUGGUCAAAUGCCAAAUUCUAUGAAUAUCUUGACAAGUGUUCCUCCUCCGACGCAAGUGCCACCUCCGCAAGCGGCUCCGUGGCUUUACCACGCUCCACAGUCGCAACAAUUGCAACAAUCUCAAGGACAGAUUCAGGUGCAGAUGCCACCGUCUGGUGUUCCCCUGCACACUGCACCUCCACCUCCGCAGAUGCAAGCUCAAAUCCAGUAUCAUACUCAGCAAAUACAAUAUCAGAAUGGCCAAAUGCAGGCGCAGGUUCAUUAUGGGGUUCAACCUCCACUUCCACCGCAUCAACAGGAUGCACCUGAACAACAGAGGGGUCAUGGUGUUAAGCGCAGAUUUUCGGACUUGGAUGCACCACAGGAAGCACCACCGUAUCAGUGUGGUCCGCAGCCCGCCCAACGUCACGGAACCGGAAAAAUUUCCUCCAAUCGGUCCGAAAAUCCAGUUGUCAAGACAAGCGUGUCGAGUAUCAAGACAAACGAGCGAAUAUUACAAAAGCUGCCGAAAUCCGUGGAGUCCUAGUAUUGUCUUAAAACGAACGUUGACUGAAAAUGCGACUUUUUUUUUGCAGAAUUGUCCCUUUAGCGAGCUGGAGUUAAGUGAGCUCUUGACUUUAUAAAAAUCUAUUCCUCAGUUUGAUAGCUUUAACAAAAGGGAUGUCCUAAUCAAUUCGGGAUUUAACGACAUAGAAGCGAUGUGCCAAGCUAGAUGCAAAGAGCGCACCUGAAACUAUUUUUAGCAGUUUACGUAUUCUUUGCACGCAAAUGACUGUAACGGGUUUGUGGAUAAUUUGGAAAUGAUACGAACUAUUGAUACAAGAGUAAGGAAAUGUAUGUUGAAAAAUAUAUAGGGAGUGUUUAUAUAUUUGUCAGGGUAUCAAGGAGAAUACUGAAAUACGUUGUAGUUAGUCUCUUUGCGUUUAGUAUAGCAUUGAUCUUCUGAUUAGAUCGAAAUCGCCAAGAUUGAUUUCGAGAAAUGAAAACCGAGAAGUUGCGAUUUUUUACAGUUGCCGGUGUAAUCCAGUGUUUACAACUUAGCGGCUGUUAAUGCGUUUGGCAUUGCGCUUCGAGACAUCCCAAUGAUGUUUGCUCUUUAUUCCCCGCUACUUUUUAGUUCAUUAAUUGGCUUUACAUUCAAACAGUCGGAGCUGUCGCAGCGCUAUGUCGAAUUUGCUUUGCGAAAAUGAAGCCGAUUGAUAUAGAUUUUGCCGGAAGAUGAUAUGACGGUGUACAAUACUUAAGUGUAGGUAUAAAUGCAAGUACGAUUCAAUAUACUCCAACGUAAUUUGAUUUCCGAAUAGUUUUUAAUUUGUAAAAAACAUGCCCAAACCGUUUCUAAGUAAUCCCAUUAUUUAUAGAUAAAACAUAUUGAAAAUGUAUUCUAUCGUUAAACCUUCGUGUGGAUUAUACUGAACUACGUGCUUGCAAAGCAGUUAACACUAAGUUUUUUUUUUUCUUAUAUAACAUAAGGCUACACAGCUUUUGUCGCUUAAAAAUACUUAACUCCGCAAUGUGAGUCGAUUCAAAGGCUUUUAAGAAUAACAGCCAGAAACAACUAAAGAACUAAUUCAUUGAGUUAUUACUCAUACAACAUGCAAGAUGGGACAUAGUACCGAAGCUACAAAUUAUUGUACUUCUUUUCGUUGUACUCCGUGACAUUGGGAUGAUAAUGAUGACUACCUAAUUAUACUUUACUUCACUUCUAAUUUAUUUCCAUAGGAAAGCUUCCGAUACUUAAAAGAUACUUGAAUAACGAUUCCCAUGUAAGUAAAAACGUAAUUCCAAAGUCACGUGUAGAUAAUUUGCAUAAUUGUAUUCGGCUACUGACCCUUUAUGUCCCGAUUGGCUUGUAGGUCCGAGAUGAUAGAUUUCGCGCAAAGCCUUUCCCUGAAAGUAUAAAUAAGUAAUUUUUAAUAUUUUGUUCAUUAGCAUGUUAAUUUUAGAACGAGGUAAUGGGGACAAUACCUCUCGCGUAUGUGUACUUUCCAAAGAGUGGAAACAAAACGUGUUGAACUAAAACGAUAAGUCGUAGAAGGAAAACACGAUAGAAAGUGGUAAGCUCUCUCUUUCUAUCGGGUUUUUAUAUACCACGAUCUAUCGUAUAAAGUCACAUCCCAUACAUUAUGACAUUUAAAGAACAUUCGUCAAACGUUUCUGAGCAAAACAUUGACACACCAAGGAAAAAAUUUCUUUGAUUCAAAGAAAAUGAUUUCUUAAAACAUGCUCACGUGGGUCAAAUAACAGCGUUUUGGUAGAAAGAACAUGUAAUUACCCCAAAGGAAUAUUUAUUCUUCAUUGAAACAAAUGAUAAUAUUCUGCAAGUUUCUUUCAAACCUGUUUAAUUGCAACAAAUAACGAUGAAUAUUCCGCUCAAUCUAUCGAAAGAAAUGGUUUCUUAGGUAUGCCGACAUAUUUAAUUUCCUUGAACCGAGGAGAAAAUGUCUAAAUAAAAAAGAAAAUUAUUUCUCCGUCAAGGAAAUGAUUUCUUCGAGGGGAGUUAAAGAAAUGAAGCCUAUAGUUCCGAUUUCAAGUUCUAUUUUAAGAUAUGAAGUAUGAAGUUAAUGCGAUGCAUCGUAGUUAAGCAUUCAGUAUUAUCGAGGCAAAGACUAUAUUUCUUUGAUUUUGUGCCAUCAUUCCUUUAACUUCGUUCAAGGAAAUAAUUUCCCCGAAUGAGGAACAAUUUUCUCUUAGUAUACUAUGCAUAGAUAGGAUAUCAUCUUGCCAUUUGUUUAAUAAGAAUUCGGGCCAUAAAGGGUUAACCUUUUGAGUGCGGAGCGCUAGAGGGAUAAGCGAUCGACAUGGACGACACGCAACCGGAGAAUCCCUGGGGACGGAAUAUCUUCGUCCGUCUCUUUUCGCAGGACGUUAAUCCAUAAUUCACGGUGAUAUCGUUCCUCACCCGCGUGCAUGCGUCCACGGUCUACGGCGGUGUCGUUCCCAGGACGCACAUCUGCGUCCACGGCACUCAAUCGGUUAAGGUGUUAGAUGUUUCCUCUUCGUCAAGGUAGACAAUCCGAAGCAACGUUAGGACGAUACAUGUCAUCGAUUACAGUCCGGCGCAUCCUGAUUGACUUUCAUUUCAGAAGUGUCCAUGGGUCGAUCGCGUUGCUUUUUGACAUACUACUUGCGAUUUAGUACCGCCCCUGGUUGUCACCGUUUAAUUAAUGGACUCUACUGAA